CAUGCCUGCGCGGUGCCAGCCCAGUGCUCAUCCCUGUGCCACGGGACCAGGCCAAAGAGGGACAGCCAAACCCUUCAGCAGCUCCAGGUCCAUUUUCAUCAGCCGGUGACAGCCACCAGGAGAUGUGCUCUCAUCACCGGCUGCGCUCCCAACCGCACCAUGCACAGCCAACCUCCACCUCGCCCCCACCGUGGGUCCCCCCACCUUCUCCCAAUGACAGCCCCCACAUCCAUAGAGCCACCACGGCGCUGCUCACCCAUCUGGGCAACACAAGCUGCCACCCCAGGGAAGACACACGCUGCAGAAAACCAUCUGUGGACCCUCAAGGAUGCCCACAAGCUGGGGCUGAGCCCUCAGAAGGUGCUGGCACCACCAGAGAUGCCUUCCCUGCGCUCACACAGGGCCUCAGGCGUGCUCUCCCAUGCGAAACCCACACUGUUGUUUUUGUUCCUCCAAAACAUCACUUUGGGAGGUCACCUGAGGGCAGCCAGCCCGGGCACCGCUCUACUCGCAGCCAAGGGGAGAACAAGCAGGAACCAGUGGCCACAAGAGCUUUUGUCAAGCCCAAUGUGCUCACGUCUAAGGGACGGCAUCGCGCUCCAUCAAAGGUGGCGGGGAUCAAACACACACCCCAACAUCUCCCCGCUCUGACGUCAACAAAACCCUCCGGCGUCACCCACGGCGCUCCACCAGGGAUGCCAACCCCAGGGCUGGGGGGAUGCAGCCGGGUAGCAUCUCCAUUGGGAUGUUGGAAUUCCCAUGGCGGUGCUCGCACCACCAUGCUCCGGCUGCUGCUCCAGCCGCACGUUUCCAGGGGGUGGUGGGAAUGGGGGACACACACACAUUGGAAUUUUGCUGGAAUUCAGCAGCUGCAGCAGCAGCAGCAGAGCACGGGGAGGUUCCAGGCUCCCAGCCUGGCUUAUCCCCGGGGAGAGGUUCAGAUCCAACGAGUUCCCCCCCCGACUCUGCAUCCCCGCACAUGGGGUGCGCGCACCGGGGGGGGACCGGGGAGCCCCCCGCUGCCCCCCGUGACGUCACCGGGAUAGGGCCAGGGGUGGUCGAGCUGGGGCGGGGGCGAACAUGGGGACACACAAACGACACCGAAGUGGGGGGGGACGGACCCCGGGUACGGGCUGUGGUUGUAAAUGGGAGUGCGGUGGGAUGGGAGCGCGGGCGGAACGG